ACGAGCGCGGCCGAGGCUCCAGGUUCCUGGGCGCCAACGUCCGCGCUGACCACCCGGGAGAGACGCUUCGGGGGUCCCGGCAACUGCUCGGAGGAAUGGUGUCUUGAGCCCCUGAGCCUCCCAAAAAAGGUUCCUUGAUAGCCCUCAUCUCAUGCCAACACAGCCAGGAAACCGGGGGACCCCACCAACCAGUCCUCACCACAGCAACACAGCACAGAAACCCUCGCUCGGACCUCAACAAGGCUUCCAGAACCUCUGAGGCAGGAGGUCCCCCCCUCCCCCGCUUCUACCUCAUGCUGUGGGGCUCCCGCUAGCCAUGGCCCAUGCUCUUGGGAUCCCACUGCUGCUCGGACUGAUGUGGACGACCGUUUCACAGGGCCCGUGGGCGUCUGCCGAGGAGGCUGGAGAUACGGUAUCUGAUAUACCCACCGUGCAGUAUGAGACUAAAGAGGUGUACAGGCCGGGGCCCAUUGGCUUUAUGUUCAGAAUGACAUGCCUCUUCAUCCACAUGGUGCUACCCCAGCCCUUCCCAGAAGAUACUUUAAGGCAAGUCAUAGAGAAGAAAUUCGACUUCGCAUCUGAUCAGAGAUCGCCAGAAAGUGUAUUCCUGAUGGUGCAGAUCAUCGCCUAUGAACUCGGGGUUAUUAUCUGCGCCGUCCUGGGCCUGCUGUUUGUUAUCCUCAUGCCUCUUGUGGGGUUCUUCUUUGGCCUGUGCCGUUGCUGUAACAAGUGUGGUGGAGAAAUGCACCAGCGACAGAAGAAGAGCGGGCCCUGCCUGAGGAAGUACUUUGCUGUCUCCCUGCUGGUGCUCUGUAUUCUAAUAAGCCUUGGUGUCAUCUUCGGCUUCAUGGCCAGUCAGCACCAGACCACCAGGAUAAGGGGUACCAGAGAGCUGGCCCGGAGCAAUUUCCAGGACAUGAAAAGUCUCCUGAACACAACUUCAGAGCAAAUAAAGUAUCUCCUGAAUGAGUAUGACACCACUAAGAUGAGGGCCUUCUCCCAUCUGGAUGGCAUCAAGUCAUUGCUGGGAAAUAGGAUCCUUGAACAGCUGAAGCCAAGGGUGGUCCCAGUUAUGGAUGGCCUUCAGGACGUGGCUGAAGCCAUCAAGAAGACCAAGGAAACCCUGGUGCAUGUGAACAAGUCUGUAGAGACGCUGAAAACAUCAGCUGCUCAGCUCAGCAUCAGCCUGCAGGAGAUAAGGGGAAGCCUUGAGAAGACCCUCAGUGUCCCCGAGUGCACCCAGGAGCCAGCAGCCAAGACCUGCGACAACAUCAGAAACUCUCUGAGCCAGCUGGAGGUCAAACCCAAGCUGGACCAGCUACCAUCUUUGGAUAAACAGAUCCAAAGUGUCGAUGAUAUUCUUCAAACAGAUUUAUCCAGCCUGGUCCAAAAGGGGAAUAAGACCUUCAAUGAUAUACCUCAGAAGGUAGAAGACCAAGCCAGGAAUGUUGUAUCAGAUACCAAAAAGACCUUGAUUUCCAUUGGUUCCAGUAUUUACAAAAUCCAUGAUCAGAUUCCCAUUGAGGAAAAGCUGUCGGAGAUCAUGAAAUCUAUUAAUAAGUCUGAAUCAUAUAUCAACUCCCACUUGCCCUCAGUGCAGAAAUAUGAUUCGUACAGGUGGCUGGGCAGUUUGCUCAUCUGCUCUUUGCUGAGCCUCAUCGUGGUUUUCUACCUCCUGGGCUUGCUGUGUGGCACCAUUGGCUACAGCCACGGGGCCACCCCUACCCGCCGAGGCUUCGUCUCAAACACCGGCGGCGUCUUCCUCAUGGUGGGUGUUGGAAUCAGUUUUCUCUUCUGCUGGAUCUUCAUGGCCUUGGUGGUUCUGACCUUUGUUGUCGGUGGGAAUUUGGAAAAGUUGGUCUGCGAACCUUAUCAAAAUAGGAAGUUGUUCCGGGUUUUGGACACACCUUAUUUGCUGAAUAAGAACUGGGAAUUCUACCUCUCUGGCAUGAUAUUAAACAAAUCCGAUGUUAAUCUCACUUUCGAACAAGUUUACAGCGACUGCAAAGAAGACAGAGGCCUCUACAACACACUGAAGCUGGAGAACAUCUAUAACAUCAGCGAAGAGCUCAGCAUGGAGAAGCACAUCGAAAGCAUACACCAGGAUUUAGACCAGCUAACCGUAAACGUGGGCAGAAUCACUCUGCUGGAUGACGCAGGAAGACAGAACCUCCUGAAUUUCAGUAACUUGGAUGUGGACAAAAUAGAUUUCAGCGCCUUCUUGGCUGAGACAAGCAAAGCUCCUGUCAAAGUGAACCUUUUGUUAUAUGCCAAUGGCCUGGAAGAUAAAACCAACAGCUUGCCUCAAGGAGAUUUGAGAACUUUGCUGAAAAAUGACAUAAAGACUAUUAGAAAAAUUUACCAAAACCAGGUCAAGUCCAUGGCACAACAAAUGAGCAGCAUAUACCAGACCGUAGAGGCAUUUCAGCAGGAAACCAGUGACUUGGGGGAGAGAGUGAAUGGCAUCCUCUCCUCUUUGAAUUCCACUCAGGACUUCCUUACAAACCACAUUUCCACUGUUAUUACCGAGGAAAUUAAGAACUAUGGGGAUGUCUUAGUUGAAUACUUUGAAGAUUACCUGACGUGGGUGGAUAUCUCUAUCACUUACAGAGUUGCAUCCUGCAAGCCCUUUGCCACGGCCCUGGACUCCACUAUCCAAGUUUUCUUCUGCAGUUUCAUUGUGGAUCCUAUGAAUUUAUUUUGGUUUGGCAUAGGAAAAGCUACCUUUCUAUUACUUCCGGCUCUGAUUUUUGCUGUAAAACUGGCUAAAUACUAUCGCCGGAUGGAUUCAGAGGAUGUGUAUGAUGAUAUGAGGAACCGUAACUUUGGUUUACAUAAGCAUUACCCCAAGCUGACUGUGUGAAUGGAAGUCUGUUAGCAGGGGCAGCUGCCCUAGUUCUCAGUCUGUCUGCAGCAGCUCCGCAUACCGGAAAAGCAAAACCUUCCCUGCGGGAGUCUCCAGUGUCUGGCGGCCGCCACGUAUGGACCUGGCCUGAGCACGGACCCGGGAGAGACAAGCCGGCACCAUUCUGCUUUCGUCACGGGAGGGCGCUGUGAACGCAGGAAUGUCUCUCUCUUGUCUGUUAAUUUCCAUUGUAGUCUUUGGAUCAAGGAUGAAUUCCGUGGCAUCUCACCGUGUGGCACGGAAGACCAGCCGUUGCAACUCGGUGAACCGCAGGGGCGUGUGUGAACAAUAAAGACUGAUUUCAGAAA